UCAGCCCUGAGGAGGGAGGGCGGAGGGUGGGGGCGGUGCCAGGGCCUGGCCCAGGUGGCAGGAGUGGGCGGGGCACCUGCUUGGGCUCUGCCCGCCUGUGUGCCAGGCUCACUCGUCCAGUCCAUCACUUCGCCCUCUCCAUCACUUGGCUCUUGUCAUCACUUCAUCCUCGCGGUCACAGUCCAAGCUCCAGGCUGGCCACUUCCGAAGCUCCCGACGCCAUGGAGGAGUGGGAUGUGCCCCAGAUGAAGAAGGAAGUUGAGAGCCUCAAGUACCAGCUGGCCUUCAAGAGGGAGAUGUCGUCUAAAACCAUCCCUGAGCUCCUCAAGUGGAUCGAGGAUGGGAUCCCCAAGGAUCCCUUCCUGAAUCCCGACCUGAUGAAGAACAACCCGUGGGUGGAGAAGGGCAAGUGCGCCAUCCUGUGAGGCCCCUGCAACCAGCUCAUACCUCCCUCUAAAGAGGACAGCUCUGUAAA